UGUACCAAUGUAACCCCAGUGCACUUCCUAUGUAUUUAUAAUGAUCAGUUUCUUUAUCUUGCAGAUAAUUUGUGAAGCACCAAUUGCAGACUAGGUGAGAGGUCCUUGGUAAUUAAAGUUACAGUCCAUAAUUGUCGAAAAGGAACUAUUUUUUGGUCUUGUUGGAAACUUGUUAAGACUGUUGUACAUUUUAUUUUUCUAUAAUUUGUGAAGCACCAAUUGCAGACUAGGUGAGAGGUCCUUGGAAAUUAAAGUUACAGUCCAUAAUUGUCGAAAAGGAACUAUUUUUUGGUCUUGUUGGAAACUUGUUAAGACUGUUGCACAUUUUAUUUUUCUAUUAUUCCAAACAGAAGAAAAUUUCAUCAGCUCCUAACUAGGAUUGAGUAUUGUAAUUAGAACAUCCUUUGAAAAUGGAAGCUGAGAAAUUGUCAUCAUUGCUGUUAGUCAAAGAAGAGAAGGGGAAUCUGGAGGAGGGUCUAACUGAAAAUACAGGGGAAGGCUCUUCACUUGCAGACCCCUUCAUAGAAGUCAAGGCAGAACCAGAAUUUUUUGACAGUGGUGAAUUUGAUGUGAACUGUUCAUUCCAGUCAAUUAAAUGCGAGAAGGGCAGUUCUCCAAGCUGUGAUGAUGAAAGCGGAAAGGAAAAGAUCUGUAUUGCAAAAGAAAGUAGACAUUUGGGUAGAAGCAACACAGCAGGGAAGCGAAUAACUUGUGCUGAAUGCCAAAAGACAUUUUCAUACAUGUCUCACUUUAAAUCCCACAUGAGAAGUCAUACCGGAGAGAAACCACAUACUUGCUCUAUAUGUCAAAGAAGUUUUUCUCAAUCAUCUAAUCUCACUAAACACAUGAGAUCUCAUUCGGGAGAUAAACCAUAUACUUGCUCUGUAUGUCAAAGAAGUUUUACUCUAUUAUCUCUUUUAAAAAAUCACAUGAGAACUCAUACAGGAGAGAAACCAUAUACUUGCUCUGUAUGUCAAAGAAAUUUUACUCAAUUACCUCAUUUAAAAUUACAUGUGAGAACUCAUACGGGAGAGAAACCACAUACUUGCUCUAUAUGUCAAAGAAGUUUUUCUCAAUCAGGUACUCUCACAAAUCACAUGAGAAUUCAUAUGGGAGAAAAACCAUAUACUUGCUCUGUAUGUCAAAGAAGUUUUAUUCAAUUAUCACAUUUAAAAAGUCACAUGAGAACUCAUACGGGAGAGAAACCACAAACUUGCUCUGUAUGUCAAAGAAGUUUUUCUCAUUCAACUAGUCUCACAAAACACAUGAGAACUCAUACGGGAGAGAAACCAUAUACUUGCUCUGUAUGUCAAAGAAGUUUUACUCGAUUAUCUCUUUUAAAAAAUCACAUGAGAACUCAUACGGGAGAGAAACCUUAUAGUUGCUCUAUAUGUCAAAGAAGUUUUUCUGAUUCAGGUAAUCUCAAAAAUCACACGAGAACUCAUACGGGAGAGAAACCAUAUACUUGCUCUGAAUGUCAAAGAAGUUUUACUCGAUUAUCUCUUUUAAAAAAUCACAUGAGAACUCAUACGGGAGAGAAACCUUUAUAGUUGCUCUAUAUGUCAAAGAAGUUUUUCUGAUUCAGGUACUCUCAAAAAUCACAUGAGAAAUCAUACGGGAGAGAAACCAUUUACUUGCUCCAUAUGUCAAAGAAGUUUUACUCAGUUAUCUCAUUUAAAAGCUCACAUGAGAACUCAUACAGGAGAGAAACCAUAUACAUGCUCUGUAUGUCAGAAAUGUUUUUCUGAUUCAGGUACUCUCACAAAACACCUGAAAACUCAUGCAUGAGAGAAAGCAUUCACUUGCCAAACAAUCUCAAAAGACACGAGGAUUCACACGAGACAGAAACUGUAAAUUACUUUAUCUUUGUCCAAGUAAUUUUUAUUAAAUGCUUUCAAUCGCUGUAAUUUGAAUAUUGUCAAGAGAGAACUUAAGUAACAUUUGUAAGUGAAAUUUCUUUUGACAUAAGUUUUGACAAGAAAACGCUCUCUUUCUUCAUCAGGGGAAACCUUUGAGUGUUCUGAAUUUUAUUUAUGAGCUCAGAUAAGUGCAGCAAGUUAAAAUUGAUUAUAUUUGCUUAAUGAGAAUUUUUUUAUAUAUAUAUAAGAUUAGUGGUUAAUAACCACUAAUCUUAUUUCUGGGAUUGACCUGUGUCGCCCAGUGAAAUGUCCUUAUAGCACUCAUUUCUAGGUAUAAAUAAAUGCUAAAUAUACCAGAGAAAAAAGCCAUAUGGAAUGCUGGAGUUACUACCCCCAGCCCGCUCACCCUCAUAGGGCGUCGGUAUAGCACAGGGGCGAUUGGAAGCCACUGCCACAGAUACUCUGCCAAUUAGCUCUCUCCUCUCUCAAAAUCCCUCGCCAGAGAGGUGCCGUUACACGGCCACCUUCUGCUCGCCACUACUACUUCUGCCAAGAAUCUUCAUUCUUUCAUAGCACUCGCUAACGCUAACACGUUGUUUUUGAUUUGCAAUAUUUGUGAAAUUUUUGGAUAUAUCAUGUCUUUGGGCUUACAAGAAGCAUCUUCAUCUAAGUUGAGUAUUAAUUUUGUUGACUUUGAACGUGUUUGGGCAACUGUGCAUUUUAUGUGGUGUUGUUUACAUGAAGCGUUGCUUUGGAGCCGAGUGUAUCGUUUCUCAAGUCAGCUAUUUAAAUGCAUUGUUGUCCGUGUACUUGGUCUUCUUAACUUUUUUAUUACGGUAAAUCAUUGUUACCUUUUUUGCUCAUCGCAGUAUAUGUUACUGUUAUCGUGGAAUUUUACCUUUUCGCUCCUGAUGGGUUCCGAUAGGUUGGUUUAUCAGGGUUUUUACCAUUUUUAUUUAUAGCCUAUUAGGGGGUUUUCCCUCUUUUAUCAUAGGUCCUUCAGGAGCGAUUUGGUUCCCUCACGAGAGUGCUAUAAUAAUUUCAUUCUACCACAUGCGCGAGUAUUGUGUUUGAGGCGACCUAGGCUAGCCUAGUGUUAUGCAAAAUUACCUGAGAAGUAAAGGAACUCUCAUUAUUUCGCAGUGCUCAUGCAUUUUGUGUAGAUGAUUUUAUUGUUAUUUAGUUUAUUAUAUAAUAAUAUUAUAUUGCUAUUGUAUUUUGAUGAGGUUUGGAAGUCCUACACGAAUAUUUACCUAUCCUUGGGCGUGUUAUUUCCUUUCCUAGCCUACCCGACCAGAUCUAGGCUAGAUUUUGGAAGGUAGGCUAGGCGGUUGAGAGUUUUUCUCGCUACCCUAGUUGGUACUAAUUCUGGCUAUCCUGACCAGACUAAUAUUUUAGUUUUGGAGGGUGAUCCUUUACUAGAGAGUUCCUCUCUUGUUACAGAAUGUAGGUGCUAGCCCUAUCUUACCCGACCAGGUCGAUAUAUUCGAUUUUGGAGGGUUAGGUUAGGUUCUAGAGUGUCCUCUUUCGUGACAUACUAAUAGGCUACCCAACCAGAUCCGUAUAUCUGAUUUUGGAGGGUUAGGCUACGCUAGUAGAUGGGCUUGACUUUAUUUGUCGGUACUUCCAAUAAUUCCUUUUCAAUACUUUUGGUUUGGUAUAGUCUUGGCUAGUACCUCCUUUAGGGUGUCAGUUGGCCUGCCGGCUUCUGCCCCCUUUAGUUGUAGGUCUUUUCACGCCUUCUCGGAGGGUGUAAUCACCUGACCAGUUGCUGUUGUCAGGCGAUUACUAGUUACCCUUCCCCUAUGUGCUCUUCCUUCCGGUCCAGACCUGUUCCGGUGGUGUUUUGUUAGCUCGCUGUCCUAGUAACCCUUACGGGGAACAGCAGCGGGAGCGUCGAGCACUAUUCCGGUGGAUUAGUCGGAGGGGGUUAAGGAGUAGAAGAUUAUGUAAUCUCUGUUGGUACUUCUCUGGGCCUGUGUUACUCGGGCGAGGUGUGGUCUAUCAUCACACUUGCCAGGAUGUUAUACACCGGAGUUCUUAGUACCACUGUCUCCGCCGCUCUGUUUUCCGUUUUUCUCUGGUGUUAUCGCUGCUUCCCCCACUCCGGUGGGGGUGGAACUAGUUUAGAGAAUGCUUUUCCAAUUAACUUGGAAUAGCUACUCUACUCCGGUGCGUUCAGAUUCAGACUAGGUUUUACCUGGCUCCCUGUUCUGCUCAUAUCAGGCCAGCUCUGUCGGUCUUAGCGAUCACGAUAACGAGAUUAUGGACUCCGGAGCAGGCGGAGACAUUCAGAGCUUAAUGUUUAGUAAGAAAUCUUAUUGAGGAGUUGAUUUUUUCCUGUAACUAGUUUUGGUAGAACUAGUAUAAGUGUACUCGUGUAUCAAUUCCAACUUACAGAUGGUACACUGUCUGGAGUUGGGUUGCUCAGGCGUUCUCCAGCAACCAUGUGGGCAUGAGGUCUGCCGAUCUCAUGCCAGCUGUUCGGUACAGAUGGAUGACAUCUUAGUCUGGCAUCCUGACAGCUGUGAAGUGUGUUACGCUUUAGUGGAGAACGUGACUAAUGAGUCGGUAGGUACCAUCCGCACCUCAGUAAUGUUUUGAUUUUGUAUCAUAGUUCCGCAGAAGAUGGGCAGUAUCUGGAGGAUCUGAUUUCGUCCUUUCUUACAGACCCCUCUGGCGCUCAAGGCCUCCUCACUGGCAAACCUUAAGGUCUGGGUGGGUGGUUAUGGGAGAAACGUGACCGCUGGAUGCCCCUAUAUGCUGUCGGAGGAGAUGUGUUCUCUCCUUUAUCCGAACGCAAGAACUUUGGCAGCAGUAGCUAGGGAACUGGCGGCCCCUAUCAUCGAGAGGAUCCAUUUGGAAACCCAGAUCCCCCCGGAAGACCAAGAGGGAUUAUGCUAGGAGGUGACGGCAGAAGUAGCAGCCAUCAGUUUGCAUCGGGAGCCAAUGACCAUCGACUCUCAGGAAGAAGGUAAGGAGGUAAGUGAGGCAGGUGGUUUUAGUUCAAAAGUCAUUGCUUUUAGCCCAACUACUUCUUCUUCCUCUUCCUUUCAGGGCUUCUCAAAGUCCAGGAUCCUUGGGGAUAGGUCUGGUUCUGUAAUCCCCAAGGUGAAAACUCUAAAAAAGAAGUCCCUGCCGAAGGCUGCCAGACCAGCUAAGCCUUCUCCGGCGUAAUCCGCCAGGUCGUCAUUGGCUACCAAGCCUUUGGCUGCCUCGGCAAAAGCUACUCCCCCACCUAAGGGGUCGAGAGCUAAAGGUUCUAAAGCCAGACCGAUGGAGUCCGGCUUUAACCCUGACGCCUUUGCAAAUCUUCUCAUGGAGAAGAUGGGCAGCAUGGUAGACUCGAGAUUCCAAUCGAUGUCCUCUCAGCUCGCCUCGGGCUUAGAGACAUCAGGACAGUCCAUCCUGUCUCUGGCUCAGAGACUACAAACUCAGGAGAGCUUGCUGGCCGGACUUAUUCAGUCUGGAGGCACACAGCAGUCCUUUAUUGUACUGGAGGCAUCUAAGCUCCCGCCAUUCGAGGACAACAACCCAUGGCGGUUGGCGCUGCAUGCUCCCUUUUCCGAGGGCAUGCUGACAAUUGAGGGCUGUGGCACCCGUCCUGUGGAAGAUUACGAAUUCUUCCCGGCGGACCUCCAAUUUCCCUUCCCAGGCUACACUCGUUUAGCCGAGGAAGCCUUUGUCAGGGUAGACAAAGUCCCCAAGGAGACUGAUCUAACCUAGGGAUCAAGCACAGUCAGCAUGGGUCCACACCCUUUCAGAAUGGGAGUGCGUCAACACUAAGUUGACGCCAAACAAAGAUUGCUACACCAUGUUCAUGGUGGGGGAUAACAUCCCAACCCCUUUUACUUCUAAGAUUGCAGAAUUAACUCUGCAGGCCGGAAUGGAGAGAAGCCAAUGCCUCAACUUCGAGAGACAGAGCCUACCUCUCUGCUCUUUCCCGGAGAUUUGGAGUGCUGGGUGGGCGCUCCAGAAACGUUCACAGUGGGCAGACUCGAUCUGGAGUGUGCUUCCACACAGUUUAGUGAGAAAUUACCCAGGAUUCCGGAUGCCAUGGUAAAGGCAGAGUUUGAAGCAAAAUGUAGACUGAGUAGGUCGAUCAACUCGGUUACUACUUCAGAGUUGACGGCCUCUGUCUACGCUGAGGAACCUUUAUUCCGGGUCCUAACAAAGUUGCUGCUGCAGACUUUCCAGUGUGACCUGUAUGCCUUUGUGGUUGCUAGGCAGAAUUGCAGGAAGCAUGUCCUUGCCCAUGCUUCCAUCAGGCAUGAGCCUGAUAAACUUAUUAAGGCAUCAAUCUGGGGACCCAACCUCUUUCCUGAUGACGUAGUUAAUGGCGUCAUCAAUGAGGCGGCUAGGGCUAAUGAGAACCUUCGUGUCUGCUGGGGCCUUCCCUUCAAGAGGAAGUUUGAGGCCUCCGGACCACAACCCAAAAAUAGGAAGAGGGUCAGGAAGUAUCAGCCUUUCCAGACCUCUCAGUCACAGACGGUGGUGCAAGCAGUUCCCGUCUCCCAGCUUGGUCAACCUUCGACCUCUAAGGCACGACCACAACAACAAUUUGUACUGCUACAGAGUCAGCCAACUCUAACAGUCCUCGAGUUCAGCUACUUUCGUGACGUCCCCGGCCUUCAACGCUUCAUUUGAAGCGCAAGGAGCGUUUCAAAGUUAUAACAGGCAUGCAAGGAGCGUUUCAAAGCUAUAACAGGCACGCAAGGGUUAGCAGAGCAAGAGGAGCUUACCGGCACAGAGCUGGUUCCAGAGCUCUCUCCAGGGGCAGAGGUUUCAGAGGAGGCAGAGGAAGUAAGACCUCAACCAAUCAAUGAACCUCUCCAGGUAGGUGGGAGACUGCACCUCUUCCGGGACCAUUGGACCUUCAGUACGUGGGCCCAAAGUAUCGUAUCAAAAGGUCUGGGGUGGAGAUGGAUAAAAGGGCCUCCUCCACCAGUCAGUUUCCACCAAAUUCCAACGACAGACCUUCUAAACUAUGCCAAAGACUUUCUUCAAAAGAAGGCAACAAAGAAAGUCAGACACCUGAAAUUUCAAGGACGUUUGUUCACCGUGCCAAAGAAGGACACGGACAAACGAAGAGUGAUUCUGGACUUGUCCCGUCUCAACUCAUACAUUCAAUGCGACAAGUUCCGCAUGCUAACCGUCUCGCAGGUGCGGACCUUACUUCCCCGUGGGGUCGUCACCACCUCUAUCGAUCUUACAGAUGCUUAUUAUCACGUCCCGAUAGCGAGAAACUUUUCUCCCUACCUAGGCUUCAAACUAGGAAGACAGGCUUACUCGUUCAGAGUCAUGCCAUUCGGGCUCAACAUUGCGCCCAGAAUAUUCACCAAACUAGGAGAGACAGUAGUUCAGGAACUAAGAGGUCAGGGAGUUACGCUAGUAGCUUACCUAGACGACUGGCUUAUUUGGGCACCCAACAACAAGGAAUGUCGCAGGGCAACAACCAAAGUAAUAAAAUUCCUAGAGUAUCUGGAAUUCCAGAUAAACAAGGAAAAGUCCCGUCUCAUUCCGGCGUCUCGCUUUCAAUGGUUAGGAAUUCAAUGGGAUCUAACCGCACACAAACUAUCUCUUCCGCCAACCAAGCGCAAAGAGAUAGCGAAAGCUAUGAGACAAUUUCUCAAGAACAGACGGGCUUCUCGUCGUACCCAAGAAAGAGUCUUAGGUUCACUUCAGUUUGCUUCAAUAACAGAUCUUUUGCUGAAAGCCAGACUGAAUCAAUCGGGUAUGGCGGAGAAGAGCCAACAGCAGACUCGGAGACAAAAUCUCUUUGAUUCUGCUGAUACUAAGGAAAAGACUUUGUCCAUGGUCGACAGUCAAGAGUCUUUCCAAGUCGGUACCGCUCCAAUUUCCCCCGCCGUCUCUAGUAGUCCACACGGACGCCUCUCUGAGCGGAUGGGAGGGUGCUAUUCUCAGUACAAGAAGGUUCAAGGAACAUGGUCGACAAUAUUCCGCCAGUUUCAUAUCAACAUCCUAGAAGCAAUGGCCAUUUUCUUGACCCUGAAACGACUAGCUCCGGCCAGGAAUAUUCAUAUCAGACUAGUCUUGGAAAGUGCAGUGAUAGUUCAUUGCCUAAACAGAGGAGGCUCCAAGUCAAGCCACAUAAACCACGUGAUGAUAGCAAUCUUCUCGUUGGCAAUGAAACACCAUUGGCACUUGUCAGCUACUCACCUGGCAGGAGUACGGAAUGUCAUUGCGGAUUCACUGUCCAGGGCAACUCCGCUGGAAUCAGAGUGGUCCUUGGACGCAAAGUCAUUCAAUUGGAUUUGCCUACAAGUACCGGGCCUUCAGGUAGACCUGUUCGCCACGAGUCCAACCACAAACUUCCAUGUUAUGUGGCUCCCAAUUUGGAUCCUCUGGCUCACGCCACAGAUGCAAUGUCCAUAGACUGGAACAUUUGGCAGAGGAUUUACCUAUUUCCGCCAGUAAAUUUUUUGAUGAAAGUUCUACACAAACUCAGAUCUUUCAAAGGGCGGAUAGCACUGGUAGCACCCAACUGAACUCCGUCCUGGACGGAUUCCCAACCCAAAGUUGACUCAGGUGGUACAAACUCAGACUGUUCAGACAACGACUAAGAAUCUGGCAAUUUCAUUUUUUAGAACUCUGUUCGAAAAAGGCUUAGCUGCUAGUACCAUUACUACGACUAAGUCCGCCUUGAGGAAGAUAUUUCAGUCUGGCUUUACUAUUGAUUUAACAGAUUUGUACUUCUCGUGUAUCCCUAGAGCAUGCUCGUCUGAGACCAGUAAACCGGCCUCAUACGGUCUCCUGGUUUUUAAAUGACGUACUCAAGUUAGCUUCAGACACUGAUAAUGAAUCAUGUUCAUAUAUAACCCUUCUCAGGAAAACAUUAUUUUUACUGAGCCUGGCCUCAGGUGCCAGAAUAUCUGAACUGUCGGCUCUCUCUAGAGAACCAAAUCAUGUCGAUUUCCUCUCGUCAGGAGAAGUUCUGCUUUCUCCGGAUCUGAAAUUCUUGGCAAAGAAUGAAGACCCUCAGAACAGACAGUCUCCGUGGAAGAUUGUUCCCCUUCCACAGGACCCAUCAUUAUGUCCGGUUAUUACAUUAAAGUCUUAUCUUGACAGGACUUCUAAUAGGUCUUCAGGUCCUCUUUUUGUUAGAGAGAAUGGUGGAACCAUUUCCUUGAAGGCCAUCAGACAACAAAUUCUUUAUUUUAUUAAACAAGCUAACCCGGAUUCAGUUCCUCAGGUCCAUGAUAUCCGAGCAGUAGCUAACACAGUUAAUUAUUUUCAUUAUUUGAACUUUGAUGAUCUCAAAAAGUAUACGGGUUGGAAAUCUCCGACAGUAUUUAAACGCCACUAUCUAAAGUCUCUAGAGGCCCUUAAAUAUUCUGCAGUGGCUGCAGGGAAUUUAUGUCUUCCCUGAUACAGCCUAAUUAUGUAUGUUGCAAUGUUGAAUAUUAUUAAUUAUCAUUGAUAUUGCUAUUAAUUACCUUUGGUGCUCCCUCUCACCUACCUGCCUCGCUUGUUUUCCCUCCCUUUUUGCCCUUUUUGUUACAGACCGGAUUGCUUAUCAACCCACUCCUGUUCUUGUACAUAGUUUAUUAACCCUCUUACGCCGACUGGACGUAUUUUACGUCAACAUUUUUUGUCUCCCGUGUGCCGACUGGACGUAUUUUACGUCGACUUACAAAAGUUUUUUUUUUAAAUUCGCGGAAAAAUACUUAUAGGCCUACCAGCCUAAAACUAUUGAAUCACGCGCCUUGGGGGAUGCUGGGAGUUCACGGAUCAAGGUGUUGUUUUGUUUACAAUCGUUACGCAGGCGCGCUAGCGCGAAUUUCUUUCUUGCCGCACUAAAAAGUAUCUGUGACACAUCUCGGAAAUUAUUUCGUCACUUUGACAUAAUUUUUGUACCAUUGUAAAUUAGCCGUUACAUGAAGUAUUAUAUAUGAAAAUGUGUGCAAUUUUAUUUAGAAUACAACAAUAAAAUACUCAUGAUUGUAGCUUUUAUCAGUUUUGAGAUAUUUUCAUAUAAAUAACGAUAAUUGCCAAAAUUUCAACCUUCGGUCAACUUUGACUCUACCAAAAUGGUCGAAAAACGCAAUUGUAAGCUAAAACUCUUAUAUUUUAGUAAUACAGUGGACCCCCCGUAUUCGCGUUCUCCGGAUUCGCGGACUCACACAUUCGCGGAUAUCUCUCGGGAACGUUUCCCUGCAUUAUUCGUGGAAAAUUCGCGCAUUCGCGGUAUUUUUCUAUGAGAAAUAUCCACAAAUUCCUGGUUUUUGUUAUCAGUUUCAUCAUAAAAUGCACUUUCUGUGAUAAAACUAUUAUAAAAACCAAGUAUGAAAAUUUUUAAUGGUUUUUCUUAAGUUUUAACUAACAAAAUAGGCUGUUUUUAGCGUUUUUAUAGGGGUUCCAAACAUUCGCGGAUUCUAACUAUUCACGGGGGGGUCUGGUACGCAUCCCCCGCGAAUACGGGGGGACCACUGUAUUCAAUCAUUUACCUUAAUUUUGCAACUAAUUGGAAGUCUCUAGCACAAUAUUUUGAUUUAUGGUGAAUUUAUGAAAAAACUUUUUCCUUACGUCCGCGCGGUAACUCUUCCGAAAAAAAUCAUACAUGCGAUUGUGGUAAUGUUUGCACCAUUUUAAAAUUAGCCGUUAUAUAAAGUUUUAUACAGGCGGCCCUCGGUUAGCGGCAGGGGUUCCGUUCCUGGCCACCGACGCUGAGCGAUUUUAAAGCCUACGGCCGCCGCACACCUUCUUUCGAAACUCUAGACCAGUCAAAGGGGCCGUAAUCCCACAACGGCGCAAUAAGUAAAAUUAUAUUUAUGCAGUAUAGUACUAUAGAAUUUACUGUACAGUGCAUGUGGGUGUCUAGAGUAUGUAAAGAUAUAAUAAAGUUUAUACAGUGUACAGGUAGCUGUAGUGUUCAGGUUACAAUCAUUAGUCUUACGAUAGUUCGAUUUUAUGAGAGAUCAAAUUACAAUGGCCUAACUUUAUCCAUCUUCUAGUUACAUAAGUUCAAUAACAGCAAAAGAGAAUGAUGAAAAUAUGGUUUUAACGUUAUACUCGUUGCGUGAACGUGUACAACCAUGAACAACCGAACGAGAAAACGACUUUUUUUUUUUUUUUUUUUCUAAGUACAACCGAACUGGAUAACAUCUGUUUGGCUUGUAUUUCGAUCAUCGUACUACAGUGCAACAUUACAGUAUUUGUUAUAAAUGGCGUUAUGUAUAGAAUAGAACUGAGAUAUCUUAAUGUAAUAACUUUAUUCGCUAUAGAUCAGAGAUCAAUAUAAAUUAAAGAUCAAUCUGGAAAUAUACCGUUAAAUUUAAACCUAGUUAUAACAUUAGCUGAGAAAACUGUUCAAGCUGCUAAUGACUAUUAUCGUACAUCGGCAACAAGGAUAAAACUGCAGUAAACGUCUGCCAUCACACACAACCAUAGAUAAAAUUGGGAUAAAAUCAUUUUAAUCAAAACUACUGUGCUUGAAAGAACACAUUUUACUGUUGGUUUCACGCCGAUGUAAGAUAAAUAACGUAAAGUUCGUAUUACGAUGAUAUAAAGGAUUACGUAUUGCGAACGGAAUCACGUAAUUUUUUACGCAAUAAACAUGCCGCCAACGUAAUCUGUUAACGAAAAAAAUAGUAGUUCACAUUCACAACGAGACAUAUUCAAUAAAUAUUUCCACCUAAAAACACGCUGUAUAAGGAAAAAUAACUUUGUCUCUUAUAAGUCAAGUAUAUAGAUAUUCGUUUAUGCUAACUAGAAGCAAGAGCAUUCGCUCAGAAUUGCGUUAUGGUGAAACAGACUCGUAUUCAUCAGCUGAUUUCAAACCACAACAUUGGCCGCUCCGUGGAAUACGGGCUUAAGUUUGCCGUAGUAUUUUAAAAUAC